AUGGCCAAAAGAGAUUCAAGCAUCACUCAUUCACCAGCCACAAGUGAAGAUGAGAAAGACAGACUCAGCGGGCUCAGGCUAUUUUGGCUGCGAAGAGUGUAUUGCUGUCCUUUAGGAGUGACGGGCACCUCAGCUGGCUCUAGGUCACAGCUGACAGGGCCCUGGGUGGAACUUUCCAGCACAGAUGCUCAGACCCAAUGUUCAGGAUAUUUCUUCAUCCUCAUCACCGUCAGUGGCAUCCCCCUCUUCAAGCAACCCAUCUACUUCUUCUUCUUCCACUUGUCCUUCAUGGACAUCUGCUACACUUCCACGGUGACUCCCAGGCUGGUCCAAGAUCUGUUGUCUGAAAAGAAAGCCAUCUCCUUCGACGACUGCAUAAUGCAUCUCUUUGAUAUGCAUUUCUUUGGCAGUAUUGAAGUUUUCAUCCUUGAAGGGAUGGCCUACGAUCACUAUGUUGUCAUCAGCAAGCCCUUGAGCUAUAUGAUCAUCAUGAACCAGCAGAGAUGGAACACAAUGGUGGCAAUCUGCUGGGGAGCUGGAUUUCUCCAUUCCAUGAUACAGUUGCUCCUAGCAAUCUCUUUGCCAUUCUGUGGACCCAAUAAGAUAGAUCGUUAUUUCUUCGAUGUUUAUCCUCUCUUGGACCUGGCCUGCACAGAUACUGACUUAAUUGGGUUUUUAAUUCUUCCCAAUUCUGGGAUUGUUGUAUUGACAUUCAUAGUCUUGGUCUUUUCUGACAUCACCAUUUUAGUCAGUUUGAGGACCCGCUCUUCAGAAGGACAAUGUAAAGCCCUCUCCUCCUGCGCUUCCUACAUCACUGUGGUGGCAUUGUUUUGUUUUGUUUUUUUUGCCCUCCAUCUUAAUUUACCUCCGGCCAACCCAGACCUUCCCCGAGGAUAA